AUGCUAUUUUUACCAUUAUUCAUACUUUGGAGAAUAAAAUAAAAAGUAAAAACUCUUACAGAGCCUAUUUAAACAUAUAAAUACGGAUUCAUAUGCUCAGAAUAUUCUAUUAAAUAUUUCUAUUGGGAAUUUAUUAGAAUAUUUUUAAGGUUAUCAAUAAUUAUUCUAGGGAAUAUUUUAUCUGAUGAAUAUUUAUCAGUUAAGAUAUUUCUUUCUAUUAUAUUGCUUUAAAUAUAUAACAAGUUUUUGAAUAAGUUAAAACCUUACAAGGAUAAACAAUCCUAAAGCUUAGACAAACAGUAUAAUUAGAUGAUAUGCUUACUAUUUUUGCUUUAUUAAUUACAAUUUAGCACAAAAAACAUCUUUCUCUAAAAUAUAUCUGCCUUCUUUUAAUUCUUUAUAUAUAUUAUAAGUCUUACUAUAGUAGUAGUAAACAUAUUUUACUAAACCGUCAAAUCAAAUUAACUAUUAUAUGAAUGUAUCAUAAAAAAACUUCCUUUCCUUAAAAAGAGAUUAGUCAAAUCUAGUAACUCAUUAAGAAUAUUCUUGCUAUGGAAAAAAAUCAAGUAAAAUUUUGAUAGAUAUAGAAGAUUUAAAUAGAAGUAAAAAUAAAAAUUAAAGAAUUAAUAAUUAGAUUCUCAAACUAUGGUAUAUAAAUUUAAGGCUAUUAAAGAUAAUAAUAAUUUAAAUUCUAAUUGCUUUAGUAAUCAUAAUUUAAAAUCUUUAGAAACUCCUUAGUAUAGCUAAUUUAGGUAACCUAGUCUUACUAAAUUACAACUUUAGUAAAAUACUCAAUAAUCAAAAUAAUUUGAAAAGAUGAUAAAUCACAACUCAAAUUAAAAAUUUCUAUUAAUGAAUAGCAGUGGAAUUGACUCAAGACCAAGUAUUUAGCAGAGAGAAGAAAACUAAAUUUAAAAUUUAAAAAUUUAAUCUUUCAGAUCAAGUAGAAGCAUUUAAAUACCCUCAAACGGUUUCUAAACACCAAAAAAAAAUAGAAAUGAAAUUUAAUCUAUCUUUAAAAUGUUUAGUGAUUAGCAAAACUAGUUAUAAAAUUGA